CUCUGCCCACUGCUCGUGGGGACGGGGCGCUCCGGGGAGCGGGUGAAGCGGGCAGGGUCGGCCCCUCCGGUGCUGCGGAGGGGCCAGCGGGACGGGGUGGCCGUAGCGGCCGCCAGGACUGGGGAAGGGCUUUGAGGUGACCCUGUCCCCGCGGCCUCCUCGGGCCCGCAAGGUGGAGGCGGUGGGCGGCAAAGCUGUGUGCGGGUGCCCGGGGAGGGUCCCACAGGGCCGGGGCCAGCUCACGCCAGACCGGCUUCCGUGAGAACGCACACGUUCCGGGAGAUCACAGAACGUGCUCGGCUGGAAGGGGCACAUCGGGAUCAUCACACGCCAACUCCUGGCCCUGCACAGGACACCCCGAGAGUCACGCCGUGUCCCUGAGGCACUGUCCAAAGGCUUCUUGGACUUGGAAAAGGCUGCCUGGUGCUGUGACCGCUGCCCUGGGGAGCCUGUUCCAGUACCCAACCACCCUCUGCGUGAAGAACCUUUUCCUGAUACCCGACCUUAUGCUUCGUACCGUUUUCUCGAGUCGUGUUACUCCCUAAAUUGCCGUUCUCAGAGAGUAGCCACAUUUGAAGGAUGACUUUCACAGUUGAAGUGUCUCUUGCUGUUUUAGAAUCGGCCUGAUUGUGCUGUUGGCAACCUUUAAAAGCCAGUGUUCAUUUACGACUUCUUAUUGUUCAGAAGGGCCCUGUCCAUGUCCAGACUGGCUUCACAGCCACACUCUGCAGAGAGGAGUUAUCUACAUCAGUGACUGGUCUGAGAACAGGAGGGGAGUGUGUGUUUUGGUGAUACUGGUCAAGGAGCAAGAGCAUGGAUAAAACAAAUUUUGAAUCAAGACAUGGCAUUCCAACAUAUAAAAGUAAUCUACCCAACAGCUCCUGCCAGGCCAUAUACACCUAUGAAAGGAGCCUUUUCCAAUGUGUGGUUUGACAGGUAUAAGAUCUGUAAUGACUGUCCUGAACACAUUGAAAGCAUUGAUUCCAUGUGCUGGGGCCUUACAGACCUGAUCAACGAUGAGGUUAAGACUGGUAUUGCCAAGAACAGGAUACUCAUAGGAGGCUUUUCAAUGGGAGGUGGAAUGGCAAUGCAUUUGGCCUUUAGGUUUCAUCAGGAUCUGGCAGGAGUCUUUGCCUUGUCUAGUUUUCUGAAUAAAGACUCUGCUGUUUACCAGGCUUUGAAAAGAAAUGAAAGUGCUCUUCCAGAAUUGUUUCAGUGUCAUGGAACUGCUGAUGAGCUAGUUCUCUACUCAUGGGGUGAAGAGACCAACAAGAUGUUAAAGUCUCUGGGAGUAUCAGCAUCACUUCAUACUUUUCCAAACCUCAAUCAUGAGCUGAACAGAGCUGAAAUAGAAAAAUUAAAAUCCUGGAUUGUAAAGAAAUUGCCUGUUGAAGCACCAAAGACAAAUGAAUAAAUGAAGAUCCAGCCUCA